GGCGUAUAGCUGGAUGACUAUUAAUGCAGCACUUCUUCAAGGAGCACAUUUUUACUAUCUCCACCGCUAACGUCUUAUGUUGGAUGAAAAAACAAGCCUGUAAAGUCUACACCUAACAGAGUCUAUUCAUCAGUGCAUUAUGCCUGAUGAAAUGGCAAGGCCUUUAAUCCAAGGAGGAGGCUCCAGACAUCUUGAAGCCUCCAUGUCUGAAGCAGGCGCUCCAGUUGUUGGCAUCCUGGGUACAGGCGACUUCUCCCGUUCGCUGGCGAGAAGGCUGGUGGCCUCCGGCUACCAAGUGGUGGUGGGGAGUCGAAACCCCAAACGCUCUGUGGCUUUGUUCCCUGAAGAGGCCGAGGUGACGUCCCAGAUGGAGGCAGCCAGCCAGGCAGACCUUGUCUUUGUCGCUGUGUUCCCGGAGCACCACUCCACGCUGGUGGAGUUGAAGCCGGCACUAGCUGGAAAGACGCUGGUGGAUGUCAGCAACGGUCUGAGAAUCAACCGCGAUGGGCCUUCGCACGCCGAGCAGCUGGCCGACUUGUUUCCAGAGAGCACUGUCGUCAAAGGGUUUAACACCAUAUCAGCCUGGACCCUCCAGAGGGGGCCUCGGGAUGGAAGCAGGCAGAUUUUCCUGUGCAGUAACAGCAGCAAGGCCAAGAGCUUGGUGAUGCAACUCUGUCGUAGAAUGGGCUUUGUCCCUGUCGACAUGGGCCUCCUCUCCUCUUCUCUGGAGAUCGAAAACCUCCCCCUCUUUCUAUUUCCCUCCUGGCGCCUCCCAGUCCUCUGCACUCUGACCCUGUUCCUCUUCUUCUACGUGUACAACUUCCUCCGCGACGUCCUGCAGCCCUACGUCAAAGCAAAGAAGAGCGUUUUCUACAAAAUGCCUAUCGAGAUGGUCAAUGUCACGCUUCCCUCCGUGGCCUUGGUGAUGCUCUCUCUGGUCUAUCUGCCUGGUUUGUGCGCCGCUUUCCUCCAGCUGUGGUGGGGCACAAAGUACAAUCGCUUCUCAAACUGGCUGGACCGGUGGCUGACCAGCAGAAAGCAGUUUGGGCUGUGUAGCUUCCUGUGUGCGGGUCUUCACGCCAUCUAUAGUCUGUGUCUCCCCAUGAGGAAGUCUGCCCGCUACAAACUGCUCCUGGCUUUUAAACAGAUGGAGGAGGGGGGGGCGGAGGACUUGUGGAAUGACGAGGAGGUGUGGAGGAUGGAGCUGUACCUCUCAGUGGGCAUCAUGGCCCUCGGGCUGCUCUCUCUGCUGGCUGUCACCUCGCUGCCUUCAGUGGCCAACGCUGUCAACUGGAGAGAGUUCAGCUUUAUACAGUCCACACUGGGUUACUGUGCCUUGUCCAUGGCCACCCUCCACACACUCCUCUUUGGCUGGAACCGUGCCUUUGAUUCAGCCCAGUACCACUUCAACCUGCCGCCCACCUUCAUACUGGUCCUGAUUAUUCCCCUGGCGGUUCUGCUGGGCCGCCUGACUCUCUUCCUGCCCUGCAUGGCCCGGCGGCUUGCACAGAUCCGCCGUGGCUGGGAGAAGAGCCGACACAUCCGCUUCACUCUGCCGGACGACGACUGCCGCAACGGGCUGGAGGAUGUCAGUAAUGUGUGAGAAACACACUGUAAAGUGUGUGUGUGUGUGUGUGUGUGUGUGUGUGAAGAGCCAGACAAAAAAGGUGUAAAGCAGAGCUCAUAUGUGCAUGCACAUAUGAGAUAAAUGAUUUAUAGACUCUUGGAAUGUAUCGAAGGCUCAUCUCUGAGAGAUUUCAGAGGUGUAUGUGAGCCUCUUUUCAACAAAUCAGCUGGUAGUUUCUCAGAGAUGUUUGACCAGUAGAGCUAUAGUCGUCGACCUUAUUGCACUAUGCAUCGUCACUAAUGAGUAUUUAGUUGCUCCUUAUGCUUUUGACUUUAAUUUAUUGUUAUCUGUUUCUCUUUUUGAAGCUUCAACCCAGAGCUGAGGACGAACACUAUUCACUUCUGGUAUAAUUUAUGCAAAACUGUCACUGUUACACUUCUAAUGAACCUGCUGAAUUUUGCAUAAGUUCAUAACUGAGUCUUUGAAAUAAGAUUUCUUCGCUCUCAUCAGCAGAGGUAGACGUACCCUUCCUCUUGGCUUGUGCAUUCCUGUCAGUUGAAGGUUUUCAUUUUUAUAUAGUCUCUUCUUGCACUUAAAGAUGGCUGCUCAGAUUAUUGUCAGCCAGCCUGCGACAUUUUGUCCACAUGCUAAAAUGGCAACAGACAUGGUUUUGUGUUGUUUUUGCUGUCACUGAUGAAACUCCAGUGUUUCUUCUUCUUUUGUUUUACAUUUUAUUUUGCAACACUUUGAAAAUUUAAUGUGCCGUCACAUUAAUUCAAACUAAAAGCAACUGUAUGAAAAUUAUUGGGCUGGUGAGGGAGGUGAAACUUAUCUUAAAAAAGACCCUCCCCAGUAUUAUAUAUAUUUUCUUUGGACUUUUCGGUGAAGAUUCUCAGUCAUCCAGGUCAUGGUAAUCGUAAGUGCUAUAUCGUAGGCAACUGGA